UUUAGGGCGUGGUCUAGUAUAGUAUACAAAUUAAUACCUAAUGUCAAAGCAUUGGAGUCGUCAUUGAAACAAUUCGCCGCGAUCGUUGAUGCAGAUGAGGUAUUGUUAUUCGAGAGGGCAACGUUCUUGGUCGUGUCGCACUGCCAACGCCGGCAACACCGGGACGCGCAUCGCUUCGAGAAAGUCUCGAAUAUCGUGAAACAGUUCAAACUGUCUUGUUCGAAGCUUGCUGCGCAGUUUCAGAGCAUGGAGGUACGCAACAGCGUGUUCGCAGCCUUCAUUGACGGAUUCACGAGCAACACUUAUGUCAUGGUCGAGAUGUCCGAUCCGAAGAUACCUUCGGAAGCGACCCUCAUCAACAUCAGGAACGCGCGCAAGCAUUUCGAGAAACUAGAGAAGGUCUCGUCUUCCGCUCCCAGUCAGUACCAGUGAAACGAAAAAAAACUCGCACGGUGGUCACUCAGUGCAAGAAAACUACGUACGUGCUAAAAAAUACGUCUCCUUAGCUUGUAUAAAAACUUUUAACGUAAAACCCUUUUUACUGGCGAAUAUGAAAAAGGAUAUCCCCCUUAAUCAACACAAAAAUGAUUCACCAUGGUCAUCUGUUCAGUUUUCGCGACAAGUUAAACUUAUUAUAAUAUAUUGCAUAAUUGCAUCGUGUUCACAAGCCACACGGUGUUAAGUUAACAAAACUAGACAGAAUUAUCCAAUAUUUAAUAUAACGCACUUCUUUGGCGUUUUCUAAAACGCGAAUAAUUAAUGUGGCUAGAAAACCCACAUUCUACAUUGUCCAAUAAAGUUGAAAUUAUACGUUCGUAACUUUACAAAUUAAAUACUUUAUUAAUCAAAAGGUUCUUAAAGCAUAAUAAUAUGAUAAAGAUUUCGUAGUUGUCACAGGCUGACUAGAUUCGGAAACCAUUAAAAUUAAUACAGGGUCAUAAAUAAAGUCAAAAUUAAAAAUCCAAGUAAAAUUCAAUUUAUUGAUGAAAGACUUUGUAUUUAAACAGUUCGCACAUUGUUGUCAUUCCUUAAUUUGACACCGUGAACAAACUCGUCAAUCUGUAUUGAAAAAAACUGUCAAGUUUCGCGCCAUUUUCAUUAUUACGUCUAAUUCUAUCUCUACGUCUAUUGGUAUUAUUAAUUAACUAGUAUAAAGCUCGGUUGCAGCUUGCAUUAUGCACAACGGGACAUACAAUGACAAGACAUUCUGCAUAUAUUUUGUUCUAGAUCACGCAUACUGUAGUGAAUUUGCGCGGUCGAAGGUCAUUCACCUCAACUAUGAAAGCAUUUACAAUGGGGAUUAGGCCACAACUCACGCGAGAAAACGGGUGCCGUGGGCCGAUUUUUCCGAAACCGAGUUCUGUGAAUGUUUUUGAUUGUUUGCAAAUGCCUAGUUUUUUCUCAAAAUAACUGUGUUUUCUACGUAUUUAAAUCUUGAAUAAAAAUGUGUACAGUGCUUUUAUGUUUAAGUAAUUAUAAUCAAAUAUUAUAUUUAUAAUUCUUUUUCCAAAACAUUCUAGUUAAAUUGCUUUGUAAACUGUAAGUGUUUCGUGUUUUAAUGUGAUAUAGUAUAUGAGGUUAAGCACAAAAUAAGUUAUUGAGCGUUUACCUUGAUAUAUUAUUAAAAUAUAAAGUUUCGAGUGCUAAGCACAAAACAAUAAUAAUUCUUGCCAAAGCAAGCUGUAAAUAACCUAUAACCAAUUGUAUAUAUUUAAAACAAAAAGAAUUUAGUGCCUCAUAUUUAGGGCUUAGAAUAUUAGUAAAAAAUUAAUAUAAGUAAUUGUAAAAUUGUUUUUACGCCAAUGCUAAAUUUAUUGCAUAUUUUGAGUACCUACUAUUACUUUCAAAUUAUCAUAAGAUUAUUUCGCGACGUCGUCCAUCACUAAUUACAAGCAAUUUUGGGAUAGGAUAUAAAUAUUUGAAUUGAAUGAUUAAUUUCAAGGUUAAAUACAAAUUUAGUGAAUCUGACUAGUAACUAGUAAUUUUCUUAUUUAUUAAGAAAUAAUUUUAGUCCUAUUUUAGUACAUUGCAAAUAAAUUAACAAAACUAACCCAUUCACAUAUCAGCAUUAUGAUUUAUAACCUGUUUUAUAAUAUGUAAAAAUCGCGAUAUUGUACAGACAAUAUGUCUCUAUUCCAGAAUAAUUAUAAGUAAAUAAAAAUAGUUUAAUAUUUUAUUAUUAUAAUGGUAAUAUUGUAUAUCUCGUUUAAACUCCUAACAAAGACUACACUAAUUUAAUGAGUGCCUACUGGUAGUAUUAGCAAAGCUCCCGAAAACGAAUACAGUUGCAGCAAAUUCCUACUAAAAUUUAAAUAAAAAAAUUAUAACCGUUUUUGCAUCGCACGCAAUGGAACUCAAUUAGAAGUCGGCUGAUGCGGGGUCAGUGAACUCCUGUGACAUUACUAAAACAAUCUGAAUGGAAGUAAUAAUUUUCUUUACUACUUUAUUGUCGUUUCGGCAUCGGGAAUGGUCACUUUACACCAUGUAUGUGUAUUCUAUUUUUCAAUAAUAA